GGCAGCUGACCCGCAAUUCCAUCAUCAGCAGGAAGUCAAAGUCAGUCACUUGGAACCUCCCCAUCUUCACCACCCGCCCACCGCCUGUUCUCCAUUCUCUUUCUGCAUCUUUUCCCUCUUCUUUCUUUCUUUUUCUUUCCUUCUUGGAAGCUGUGAUCGACUUCCUUCUGUGACAGUGUUCUCUGGAAGAUCAACUGGGAUUCCGUUGUUUGACGUCGUCGGGUACAAUACAUGCUAUCAACAAAAGCACCAGCCGCCAUUUCAGGAGCAACAGUUCGAAACCAUUACUAUUUUCAUUCUUUAUAUACUCUAACUUGCCUUUCUCAUAAAUUAUGCUAACGAUUAUAUCGGUCGCAGGCAUCGAUGCCGUCUCCUGCAACGCCGCAUCGCUCCUCCAAUCCUGGGGAAAAUACUAAAUCAUCCCCAACGAAGCAGAAACCGCUGGAUAUCGGUCAGCCGCUGGGGAUAUACGACACUAAUUCGGUGCGGGCGAAGAUCCGACAAUGGCAACAACAAGGAGGGGGUGUGAUCACAGCCGACGAGGUUGUCUACUACGAAGAAGAUGAAGAGAACUCCACCGUCGAUACUAAAUCUAAGCCCACGAGGACACCCACAACGAGAAAACGAAGUAAAAGUACUCCUCGGAAGCGGGUAAUAAGCGACGAACACUGGAAAUUGAAUCGCACCCCGACACAUGCUCCUUCUCCGAAACUACCACCGCCUAAGCGCCUUUCACAGUACACGACUAAUGAACCAAUACGGACUUCGCGGGUUGGGAGAAACGAGACUAAGAAAGCUGAUAAACCGCGAUCCUCCCCAUCUGCCCGUAGCGUGGAGAGAGAGCGAGCGGGAGCGGGCUCAAGGAGCAGAGAGCGGAGGAAAUCGAGGGUAUACCGGGAGGGCGACUCCCUGUUGGGGAGCAAGAUUGAAGAAGAAACUACGUCGCAUAACGGAUCGACUAAAUCUGCCUCGCGACCGACUAGUUCGGGCAAACCGCAUGUGGGCACCAGAUCAGAAUUGGCAGAAGAUGCUUCGAAGAAAGGCAGUGUCAAUGGCGAUGACUUUGAGUGGACGACAAGUGAAGCUGAUUUCUCCGAGCUCUCAAGACGCCGUGCGCGAGGUACAAAUCCAAAUACUGCCCCUAAAGCACGUGGCCCGCCGAAGAUACCUAAGGGUGGCAUUUUCGAGCACAUGCUGGGUGAAUCAAGGAAGAUAUUUACAAAACCUGAACCUUCGAAACCCAUUCCCACUCGGGGUUCAAAGAUUGAGGCAUGGCUAUCUGGCACAUCGGAUCCAUUCUUUGACGAUGUUGAUCCAGAAGUGGAAGUUCCUGCGCCUUUGAAUACCAAGAGUAAUCGGGCCAAGCUGUCAACAAAAAGAGACGAAGUUCAUAGCCGUAUCACCGACUCAGUGGUGGAAAGCGAUUCUGGGAGGAGGAGCACAAGCAAGCGACGAGUGCCCAGUAGGGAGGAGCGAGUGAAGUCAAUGACAGAGGAGAUAAUUGCUUCACAAGAGGCCCAAAGGGACACCGCCUCGGUAAUGAGUGAGACGCGAUCUGCUGGACAGAAACAUAGUCGAUCUUCGCCUAGUAAUAAAGAUAAUGCUUCCACCGAAAAGGAUGCAUCCGAAGAGGUCCAAGACAUUGCGCUGACAGAAACACAAACUAUCUCAGAGAGUUCUGAGGUGUCCGGCAACAAUGCUCCGGUCCCGCUCCACCGCGAACGACCAUUUCCCAGUACCGGAGAUCACCGACUGUCCACUAUUGCGUCUGUUGAGUCAAUGAAGACAGGCGACGAGGGCCCGUCCCUGGCUCCCGCUCCUGAGAACCCAUCAGAGGAGGGUGAGUCGGCCUCAGCCCAGGGAAAGGAAGAUCAGGAAGAAAGGGACCAAUUUGAUCUCAAUUCUCUUCCAGUUAUAUCAACCCAAUUGAAGAGGCGACUUACUACGCAUGACGACCUUAUUUCGGUCCUCUCCGCUCCAAACAGUAGGAGUAGGAGUAUCAGGUCGGCCCGGAGCAUCCGCACGAACAAAAGCCGCAUCCCCAAUGCCACCGUGUCUGACCUGCUCAAAGAACUAUCGGCUGACGAGACCAAAUAUAUGCGCGAGCUGAAGACACUCGUUGGUGGAGUCAUUCCCGUCCUACUUACUUGUGUUCUUUCAAAAUCUGAUUCCGCGAUUGCCGCUGGUCUCUUUCGGCCAUCGAUGGAUCCGAAGGAUGAAUUGAAUUUUAGCAAGCCAAUAGUAGACAUGGGCGUUGCGGUUGAGCGCCUGAAGACGCUGCAUAAGCGGAUUCCCCAGGACAAUGCGGAUGCUUUGCUUACAUGGGCGCAGGGGGCGCAGAAAGUGUAUCGUGACUACCUCAAGUCCUGGAGAUUGGGGUUCAAGGAUGUUAUUGUAAACCUAGCUCCCCUCGAUGAAAGCGAAGCAAUGGAUAAUGCCGACACCAAGAGCUUGGAUGAAGGAAUGGCCAGGGACGAGAAUGGAGAUGUCGUUGACAGUGAUGGCGAGAAGGUUGAUGUUGCGUAUCUCCUGAAACGACCCUUGGUACGUCUUAAAUAUCUCGCGAAGACUUUCAAGGGGAUCAAUAUGCUCCAGCCAUCUGAAAGGGCCGAUGAAGUAUCGAUGGCCUACCAGAACCUGGUAACCGAUGCUCGUCGUCGUGCGCGUGAGGAGCGGGCGAGACUAGAAGAUGAAUCCGCUGCUAGCAUUGAUCCAACACGGGCCCGUGACCCUGCGACUCUAGGACCGCUUGCCAGUGUGACUGUUAAUAAGGCUCGAAGGGUCCGAGCUCGAGAUUUCUUUAACCUUUCUCUGUACCAUUCUACCGGCCAGGUCAUAGACUGUCGCGCAGAGCUGCUAUUGAGAGACAAUUCCGCUGAGAAUGGAGCUGGGGGAGAUCUGCUUAUCUGUGAGAUAGACCAUGCAGACCGCUGGCUACUCUUUCCCCCAAUGGAUCUUGCAUUUGUCUCUGCUCGCAGUGGCGAUAUGAAAGGAGAAAUCGUAGUCAUGUUGCGCAGCCCCCCGGGCCAACCAAAUGCAUGGCAGGAAAUACUCGUUCUCCGGAUUGACGAGGAGGAUAUUGGAUUUGAGUGGGUUCAAAUGUUAGGAUUGAACCCUGUGCCGCCAGCGAUUUGUCGAACCCAGAGCUUCGUUGAGCGAGCGAAGCAGCGGCAACGAGCAAGAAUUGUUUCCUCCAGUAACGAUUUCUCAACUGAAGAAACUCCACCGAACCCUACCAGUGUCGACAUUCCUAUCGGUGAGAAGCCCAUUCAGGGUACUCUGCGGCGCUCUUCGCCUAGGGAGCAUUUGUCAGACCCGAGCACGGUGGGAUCGUCUUCAGCCACGGAAUCACGAAUUUCCUUACAGACUGCGAUUACUCGUGAAUCGGACUACGCUGCUGAAGAAACAGAUUCACCAACAAAGCGGUCGCCACGAGCUCAGCCGUCCAUACUACAUUCAAGGGACCCACGAAGGGCUGCAACUGGAGAUCCGAGAUCCCCCACUAGCCUCAAACGAUCAAAAGCAAAGAGGGUUGCACGACAUGACGAGGAGAACCCCCCAGUCCCUAGUCUGCCAAAAGAUUACAAUGCCGGUGGCCCUAAGGCAGCCCCUACAACUCAUCGCCCAGAUCAUGACGAAAAGAAAGCCCAUAAAGAACUUCAUCCCCCGAAGACGCCUACAAAGGAUGUACCCGAAGCGAUCUCUCCGCGAGUCUCAUCUGUACCGUCUAUGGACUUACCUCUUAUCCCCAAGCUCAGGACAGGAAGCAGUCAGACCUAUAUUGCUGAGCCCUUGGAAUCUACGUCGGACGACGAAUUCGUGCUAGAUCCAUAUGAUUUACCCGAGAGUCCUACGCGGAGGAAAGGUCACUCUCGCUCCAAAUCCGACACUUCCGAACCAACAAAUGGUGAAGAACCCCCUCCACCCCCGCCACACUCUCGCUCCCCAAGUUCGACAGGGUCGAGUCUUUCGAACGCACCAGUUCUCAGUCCAAGUGGACCCUUGCCAAGGCGCCGUGGGUCUUCUCCUUUGAAGCAUGAAUACGAGCCUUCCACGGCAUCCGACGAAACUUACUCUGACUCGGAAACGUCAACUGUGCGACGCUACGACUUGUACUCUGAAUCGGAUUACUCGGGAUCGGACAGCUCUGAUGAUGAGUCAGAUGAUGAACUUCCUGCGCUCCAAGAGCACCACAUUUCAAAAUUGACCGCACCGGCCUCCGCGAUCACGUCGGCAACCAGCUCUCUGUCUCCAUCGAAUUCUGUCUCCCAGGGUGGAUAUAGGUCCGUCCCUUCACAGCCCAACAAGUCGUCCACCGCGGUUGCUUCCAUCUUCGCAUGGUCUGAUAAGGGCUCCUGGGAGAGUCUUCUGCCCGAUGAAUGUAACGUUUGUGUCAGUCCUGGGCUUGUGGAAGCAUACAGCGCAAAAUCGGCGGGUGACGAUGGUGCGUUGUCCAAGCAGCAGCAACCACUGAUCGCUCUCGAAUUAACUCCCCUUGUACCCAUCCGGCGUGGUACAGCCAUUGAUAUCAGUAUCCGUUCUCCUCCUACUGAACGGUCUAAGGUAUCAUGGAGCAACAAUAUUAUGUUUCGCUCCCGCAAUGCUGAUGAAUGCGAAGCCUUGUAUAGUCUCAUAAAUCAGGCGCGCAUCAACAACCCCACCUACAUAGCUUUGCAAAAUGCCCGAGGUCCUUUCAUACAACAGCCUACCCCACUUGAACGUCCCGCCAAGAGUGGAGGUUUGUUCGGCUGGCCACGUCGUAGGAAGAGCUACCGUGCGUCGAGCUCCCCUCGUUCACUUGCUGAUAAUUCCGAAAGUAGCGUUGGGACCAUGAGUAGUGCAUUCUCAGCCCUGAAACGAUUUGGCGCAGGAAGCAAGAUGUUCAGCAUUGCACGAUCCUCAGUGACUUCUCGGAGUGGCCAAAAAGAAGAUAGCUUAUACUCAAGCUCUGCCGGCUCAGGAACAAACCGUACAUCCACUUCUGGAAUUGGCCGGAUAGCGGCCGCUAUUAAGAACGUCGACGGCAUCGGUCUCUCGAACGCAAAGAUUAGACUCUACAUCCGCGAAACUCAAUCUAAAUGGCGUGAUAUGGGUGCCGCUAGGCUAACAAUCAUGCCGGCGACCACGGAUCCUCGACGAUCAGAAGCAGCCACCGGUGGACCCAGCGAUACCAGUACUGGAGCAGAAGCUGUUGAUGGAAGCCCACCAGCCUCUGGGACCACCUCGCCCCGACGAGCUAUAGAUUCCGAGAAGCGUAUCCUCAUCCGCGGCAAGACACGUGGUGAAGUUCUCCUUGACGUUUGCCUUCCUGAAAGUUCCUUCGAACGAGUAGCGAGAACGGGGAUCGCUGUGUCAGUUUGGGAAGAGACUGAAGGCGGCGCCAUGCCUGAGAAAGGCGGUGUUACCGGUGGCUCGUCUAAGAUUUACAUGAUCCAAAUGAAGAGCGAAGCCGAGGCAGCAUAUACCUUUGGCCUCGUCGGAAAACUCAGAUAUUAGAUUCCUUGACUGCUUGGUCGCCUUCAAUUUUAUCUAUUUCACGACCCCUUUACCACUCAUUUAUUCGAAUUCUAUCACCGUCUUGUUUUCUUGGCUCGUUCUAUGACUUAUCCCGGUCUUGAACCCCGCACCGGUUAUCUUUCUCUUCUAUUGAUAGAUACUCUUACCCUGCAUACCCAUACCCCCUUUAGUUUGCCGCUUUGCUCUUUUCUGUUUUCCUUCCUUUAGCCGAUGUUGCUACAUUUUUCUCUAUGUGAGUUACGAGACCAGAU